GCGGCAUCGGGCUCCGAGGAGCGCGGCGACGAGAUUGGUUCCGAGCUCGGCGUAAAACAGGAUGAGCUUGAGAGUGCCAAGCGUGAGCUUGAGGAGGAAGAGGCUCCACCGCAGGGCGCGGUAGCCAAGGUAGGGGAGUUCGUGGAUGUGCAUGGCAUCGGGCAUAGCAUCGUGCGUUGCAACCGCUGCUGUCGCACGGCAAAGGAGUGCAACUACAGGAUCAAGGCGAAGGGCCAGUCGACUUACCAGUGCGACGCGAGCAACACGAACGGGGUGCGCCUUUCUCGGAGGUUCGGACAGUGGCCGCCAAAGUGUUUCGCCAAAAUGAAGAGUGAGUUCAAGCAGCAGUUCUACAAGGAUCUGGCAGAAGAUCCUGGGCUGUCGAACCUCGAUCGCAUUGAAGCCUUCGUGGUCAGCUCACUCACUGUCCAACGGAUGGAGGAGGAGCGCGUCCGCAAGGGUGGCAAGUACCUUCCGCUGAGGAAGUGGGCGCACGACGGCUUCGACGCGAAAAAGAUUGAAGAUAAUGUGCAGGAUAAGAGGUGGAACCCUGAUCUCGGGGAGUGGACGUACAGGCCGCAAUGGGAGGCGGCCUGGAGCGAGACAGUGGAGGCCGCAGUGCGCAACGAGCUGUACACCGAUAAGAGGACGCAGGCGAAGCAGAGCGGCCCGCGGGCAGCGGCCUCGACGGGCGUCGCAGAGCACGGCGGCGACAAGGGCGACAGAAGCGACAAGAGCGACAUGUCCAGAUCCAGGCGGCGCCGCAGGCGCAGGUCUGACAGCCGCAGGAGGAGGAGGCGCAGCAUGAGCAGGCGCGACAGCAGGGGCAGGCGCGACAGCAGGAGCAGACGCCGCGACAGGCGUCGCGACACCAACCGCAGCAGGAGCCGCUCGCGCGGCGACCGCGACAGGAGCAAGAGCCGCCGCAAGGGCAGGGGCAAGAGCCGCGGCAAGAGCAAGGACAGGAGCAAGAGCAGGGAUAAGGACGCUGAGAAGGAGCGGAGGCGACAGGAAGCGAGGGAGAAGGCCGAGCAGGCCAAGAAGGAGACGCAGGAGAAAAACCUGGCGCUGAAGUGGAUCGGCACCGCAACGAGGCUCGAGACAGAGCUGGACGGGUACCUCGAGCAUGAGAAGGCGGACAAGGUGCCGUCAUGGGCUGUGAAGAACGCGAAGGCGGCGAGGAAGUCUGUGGCAGUCAUGAAGGCGGUGGCGCAGAAGCGCGUGCACAGCGGCGUGGCGUUGACGAUCACGCAGGACGAGGCCAUCAGCAUCCAGAAGGAUGCGAGCUCGGCGGCGAGGGCCAUCGCGGGGAUGCUCAAGGAGGCGCAGAAGCACAGCACCUGA